UGCGCAACCUCCCCUAAACGUAUAUACAAUGAUAACUGUCAAUAACGUGGGGUGUUGUGCUACUGAUCUGAUCGAAAACGACAUUUGGACGACGAAGAAGAAGAAGAGGAAGAAGACAAAAAGGAAAGGAAAGCCUUGUCGAUAAUGUAUGACACCGACUCGGACACCAACAGCAGCAACGGUAUCGAUCAAAAAUCAAAGAAACUCAAAGCCGAUCCGGACAUGGUUUACAAAGAACAAGAGGACGAGCCAUAUCAUGAGGAAAUGCUUGCUAGCGAAUUAGAAGCGUUGGUCAUAGAAAAGACUCAAAUAGCCGUGGAAGAAGAUGAGCUGGACAUGAUGGAAAAACAAAUGAUACAAAAGAUACAAAUGAAACGUGACGUCCUGAAAAAGAGAAAGCAGAAGAUCGAUACUCAAAUCGCGCAGAAACGACUCAAGCAAGGGGAAACUAGCAAAACGCGUAAGUCAACUUGCAUGGUUAGUUUAAUUUUCGGGGUUAACAAAUCUCAAGUGAACUAAACUUUCGAGGUCAAAGAAUUCUCGGGCACCAAUUAGACGACCUCGUCCAUUUAAAACAAUUCUGAUUUCGUUUGAUUAUUUUUUUUUUUGGAUUUUUUCAGUCUGAAUAUUAUUGAAAAUCACUUCAAACUAAACAUUUGAAGUAUCUGAAUCUAGUGAACUUUUAAC